AUGGGCUCCAUUCCGUUUUGCACCCUUCUUUGCUGCUUUAUUACCAUAGUAGCAGCCAAUAUAUUUGAGUAUCAGACGGAUUCCCAACCAUUACGUCCAUGUGAACUUCAGAGGGAAAAAGCUUUCUCAGGAGGAGAAACCUACGUUCCUCAGUGCUCAGAAGAUGGCCAGUUCAGGACAGUUCAGUGCAGUAGGAAUGGUCUUUCCUGUUGGUGUGUGGAUGAGAAUGGCAUUGAGGUACCUGGCAGCAAACAGAGUGGUUAUCCAAUAUCUUGCUUAUCCUUUUGCCAGCUGCAAAAGCAGAGGAUCUUAGUAAGUCGAUACAUCAACAGCAGUGGCAUCUCCUACAUCCCUCAGUGCCUGGAUUCAGGGGCUUUUGAUGCGGUGCAGUGUGACACAAAGCUGGGUCAGUGCUGGUGUGUAGAUCCAGAAGGAAUGGAGAUUUAUGGCACCAGGCAGAGAGGAAAGCCAAUGCGCUGUCCAGGGAACUGUGAGAUCCGAGACCGUCGCAUUCUGCACGGAUUUGGGGAGAAGAGCCCACCACAAUGCUCAGCAGACGGAGAGUUUCUGCCUGUCCAGUGCAAGUUUGUCAACACUACAGACAUGAUGUUUUUUGAUCUCAUUCAUAGUUAUAACAGGCUCCCGGGGGCUUUCCAAACCUUCAGCUCCUUGCGGGAGACGUUCCCCGAGGUCUCUGGGUACUGUUACUGCGUGGACAGCCUGGGCAGAGAGUUAGCAGACACUGGCUUGGAACUGCUGCUCGAUGAAGUUUAUGACACAGUUUUCUCUGCGCUGGACCCUGCCCGCAUGUUCACAGAGACCAGUAUAUAUCGGAUCCUGCAGAGGCGGUUUCUGGGGGUUCAGCUAGCUACCUCUGGCAAGUUCAGAUGCCCCUCAAAGUGCGAGGUUGAGCGGUACGCAGCCCUGCGUUACCAGCAUGCCUACGUGCCGUCUUGUGAAGCUGAUGGGAGCUACACGCCGGUGCAGUGUCAGCAGGGAGGACAGUGCUGGUGUGCGGACACCAAAGGGCAAGAGGUCCAGGGCACAAAGAGACGAGGACAACCCCCAGCCUGUGGUGAAGAGCAAGCGUGCAUCUCAGAGAGGCGACGGGCCUUGUCGAGGAUCUUUUAUGGCCCUGCUGGGUACUUCAGCCAGACCAAUUUGUUUUCCACUCCAGAUACGCAGUCGGAAAAACCAGCUGGCUUCUCAAGACCCUGCCCUCCCUCCUUCAAGGAGCUGUUUCUGGACUCUGGAUUGUUGUCCCCAGUUGCACAAAGCCCAUAUGUCAGCCAGAUUCCUGGGCUAGAAACCACCCUUAGGGAAGCCAUCACGGGGAUGUUCCCAUCAAGGGAACUGGCUCAGGUGGCACUGCAAUUUACUGCCAAUCCAAAACGUUUCCAAGAAAACCUCUUUGGAGGAAGGUUCUUGAAGAAUUUGAUCCAGUUUAACUUCACAGGGGCACUUGGCACUAGUGGGAAGUACAGCAUUGCCCAGUUUUUCCCACAGGAGGAUGUGGCAGAAAGGGAUAACGAGCAAAGCCUUCUGGAAUCAGCUGAGGCAUUUUCAUUGGACGUAUCAAAGGGAAGCUCCAUUUUGAGUAAACCUCUUGUAGGCAGCUUUGGCCGCACGGUAACCCUACAGGACAAUCAGAAUAUGAUGAAAUUCCUUUCCUCUGUUCUGGAACUACCAGAGUUCUUUACUUUUCUUGAGCAAGUGAUUUCUGUCCCCAAAAGCAUUGCUGAAGAUUUAGGUGAAGUGUUGAAACUAGCAUUGGGAUCAGAAAACUGUGGUGAAGAGCCAAGAGACCUGUUCGUUCCAACAUGCACCAAGGAGGGGAGGUAUGAGGAAGUUCAGUGCUAUGCAGGAGAGUGCUGGUGUUUGGACACUUCAGGUAAGGAAAUUCCAGGCUCAAGAGUUCAAGGCGAACGUCCAAGGUGUCCCACUGAUUGUGAGAAACAAAGGAGAAACCUGCAAAACUUGAAGCAAAGCCUGCCUGCUGGAUCAGAUCUUUUUAUUCCCUCUUGUACCAAAGAUGGAGACUUUCUGCCACUCCAGUGUUACGGGACAAAUUGCUUCUGUGUUGAUUUGAAUGGCAAGACUAUUCCAGGAAUAAGGGGAAAAGCUGGAAAGCCAAUGCAAUGCCCAAGCGCUUGCCAAGUAACAGCUGGUCAGGAGUUUCUGAAGGCUGCGAAACUCCUGUUGUCAGAUCCAAGUGCUCUGUCUCAGCUCUCCGGGAUUUACGUCCCGCAGUGUGAUGCUGGCGGUGCCUGGAGGCAGGUGCAGUGCAGCGGCCCUCCCGAGCAAGCCUUUGAGUGGUACGAGAGGUGGAUUGCAGAGAACGGCGAAGGCAAACCCCUGCCAGCUGCUAAUCUACUGAACAUCACAACCGGAUAUGAAGAGGCAUCUUCCAAAGGCUUUUCAGCUUUUAUUAAAGCUUUGUAUGAGGCUGGGCACCAGAACGUCUUCCCAGCAUUCACCACGUAUUCCUCCUUCACUGAUCUCCCACCUGAAGUGCUGGAAGGAAACUUGACCUCUGCAUCUGAGAACAUUUUACUGGAUCCAUAUGUGUUCUGGCAGCUUCUGAAUGAGCAGCUGACCUAUUACCCAGGACCCUAUACUGAUUUCAGCGCUCCAUUAAGCCACUUUGAACUUCGUGAUUGUUGGUGUGUUGAUAGCAAAGGAGAAGAGCUGCAAGGAACAAAGGCAGAAGUGAGCCGGGUGCCAGCAUGUCCUGGUAUAUGUGAAGGUGUUAAGCAGGAAGCCGUGAAGUUUAUGGAGGAGGCAGAGCAGCUCAUCCUAGCAUCAAAUCGUUCCCACUUCCCUUUUGGAGAGAGCUUCUUGAUGGCAAAGGGAAUACAGCUCACAGACAACGACCUCCUACGUUCUGCUCGGCCCUACGAGUCGGAGGUGGUGGUCUCUGAAAAGCUGUUAUCGGGCAGUGACUAUGCUCUCCAGCUGGCUGCAUGGUCAGUUUUGCAUUUCUACUGGCGAAGUCACUUUAUUUCAAAACGUUUUGCUGGGGAAGCAACGCAGCUGGGAUUUCUCCCUUACAUCCCACAGUGUGAUGGUCUGGGAAACUGGGAGCCAACUCAGUGCUAUGAGAGCACAGGUCAUUGCUGGUGCGUGGAUGAGAGAGGACGUUAUGUCAUGGAUUCUUUGGUCUCACGCUCAGCAGAACUUCCCAAAUGCCAGACAUCAUGUCAGCGAUCUCGAACCAAUGCCUUAAUUUCCAGCUGGAGACAGAGCGGUUCAAAGCUGGAUGCCUCUUCAGCUGAUCUAUUCGUCCCCUACUGCCUUGAGACAGGAGAAUACGCUGUGCUACAGAGAUCCGACUCAGAUAUUUGGUGUGUAGAUCCUGUGUCAGGAGAAAUACUUCAGCGUGGCAGCAAAGAUUUGGAUGGCAAUCCUGAGUGUCCUAGCUUCUGCAAUAUGCUGAAGUCUAAAACUGGUUUACUAGAAGCUGGGAAAGGCUACAUCCCACAAUGUGAAGGGGACAACGGGACUUUCUCACCCGUGCAGUGCAGCCAGGAUCAAGAGAGCUGCUGGUGUGUCUUUGACAGUGGAGAAGAGGUGCCAGGGACACGAGUAAGCAGAGGAAGACCUGCAUGUGCAAGUCCGCAGUGUGCUCUGCCGUUCGGUGCCUCAUCUGUUCUCAACGGAGCUGUAUUUUGUGAAAACAGUUCUGGGCAAGCUUCAAGCAUUCAGCAGUGCUGGCUGGUGUGUCGCCAGGGCUUCCGCAGUGCCUCUUCCAGCACGGCGUUCCAGUGCGACGUGCGACAGCGGCGAUGGGUCUCGGCUGUCCCACUCCACCGGGCCUGCCAGAAGCUUCAAUUAUUUCAGACAGUCCAAGCUCAAACGCACUUUCAACUACUACUGCCUCCUGAGAAGACUUGUAGUUCUGACUACUCUGGAUUACUCCAGGCAUUCCAGAUAUUUAUUUUAGAUGAGUUGAAGGCUCGUGGUUUAUGUCACCUCCAGGUAAAUGCAUUUGGAAGUACUGGCUCCGUUUCUGUCUGUGAUGAUUCCACUGUCUACGUCGAAUGCCUGGGCAUGGACCGCCUGGGGGUGAACGUCACGUGGAGAACUCAGCUGGAAAACAUCCCGGCAGCUUCUCUCCCUGACUUACAUGAUAUUGAAAAUGCAAUUGUGGGAGAAAAUCUCAUUGGAGCAUUUAUAAGCGAGAUUAAAGAUGGUGCUUUUCUGCUGCAUUUGGACUCCAAGCUAUUCCUAGCAGACUCUUUCAUUGAUUUUCCCCGGGAUGAAGAGUUUGAUCUGUCUCCAAGUGUGCAACUAGGAUGUAGAAGCGGGUUUCGAAGAACUUCAUCUUCUGGGAAAGCAGUCCCAAAUUCACAAGGAUGUGUUAUUUGUCCUCCAGGCAGUCAUUUCCAGAACGAUGAAUGCAUUCCCUGCCCUCUUGGCUACUAUCAGCAUCAGACAGGACGUUCCUCCUGUAUCAAGUGUCCUGUGGGCAAAACUACCAACUCCUAUGGGGCCAUCAGUGCUGAUCACUGUAUCUCAUACUGUCAAAGCAAUGAGCAGGGUCUGCAGUGUGAUGAAGAUGGCCAAUAUAGACCUUCCCAGCAAGACCCUGACACUAAGAAAUCUUUCUGUGUUGAUAGCUUUGGAGCAGCACUGGACUGGACUGAAACAGAUGAUCUCCUUACAGACUACCAGUGCCUAGUGCUCAGAAAAUUUGAGAGAGUUCCUGCCUCCAGACUGAUUUAUGGGUCAGAAGAAGCUCAAAUUCUUCAGUCUCAGUCAUUUGGGGGAGACCUGCAAAGUCCAGCUUUUCAGUGCAUUUCAGGCUGUGACAGGGAAGAUGCUUGUGGUUUUGCAACUGUAACUCCUGCUGGUGCUGAAGUUCUCUGUGAAUUAUACAGUGCUACUGAAGUCAACUUCAACUGCACCACCUCUGGAUUGGUGCAAGGUGUUUUGGGGAACCCUGCUGCCACUAGCAUCGGUCGUCUCAGCUGCCUGCUUCAUGUCAGGAAUCCAGAGGGAGACGCAGUGAUGGUCUAUUUGAAGAGAGGACAAGAAUUUAACUCAUCUGGGCUCAAGACCUUUGAAAGAACCAGUUUUCAGAAUGUGCUUUCCGGCGUGUAUCGCUCCAUGGUGCUCUCAGCAGCUAGCGCAUCUCUGACUGAUGCUCAGCUCUUCUGUCGGCAGACUUGCAGCCGGGACUCUUGCUGUGACGGCUUCAUCUUGAGUCAGAUUGCACUUGAUGGAGGUACCAUUUUGUGUAGUUUGAUGAGCUACCCAGAUGUGCUGAUCUGCAAUGCAAAUGGCUGGAGUCCAACACUAAUGUCUGUCAUAGAUGGGAUAUGUAAAGGUGUGAGCUAUGAUGAAAAAGAGAAGAUGUUUUCCUUCACCCUGGGAGGACAAGUGUUCAGUGGAACUUCUAAGUUGGUAGAAGAGGCAGAAAGAAAUUUUACUACUUUUCAGAAAAUUUACCUGUGGAGAGGCUCCGAUAUGGUGACCCGGACUAAAACCUCUGCAUGCAAUGCUACCGCUUUGAAGACAGAGAAUGUUCUAACGUUGUCAGAUUCCACAAAGGAUCUUUUCUACCUAAUGGACAACAGCCGGGUACAAAGUGACCUGAACUAUUCUCUCCCUUAUCAGCAGUAUUGGGUCUUCAGGCAGAAGUACUCAGCAGAGGAAGCUAAGCUUUGGUGUCUCACACGUUGUUCGCAAGAAGAUGAGUUUUGUCAAAUGGCAGAUCUUCAAAACACCACAGACAUAUACUUUGUGUGCACCCUCUAUCCAGAGGCACAGAUUUGUGAUGGCAACAUCGAUCAAAUACCAGAAAACUGUCAAACUGUGCUACCCCAACAACCACAGACAUUGUAUCAUAAAAUAGUCACUCUAAAAAGUUCUGUGAAGAGCUUCUACACACGUGUACCAUUCCAGAAAGUAACUGGGAUCUCAGUGAGGAAUAAGACUGACAUGAGCAGAAAAGCUGUUUCAGAUGGCUUUUUUGAGUGUGAGCGUUGGUGUGAUGCUGACCCCUGUUGCACGGGAUUUGGCUUCUUUAAUAACUCCCAGCUAUCAGGUGGAAAGAUUCUGUGCCUGACUCUGAACAGCCUAGGAAUCCAGACGUGUGCUGAGGAAACAAGAAGUGCUUGGCAAGUCUCAAAUUGUAGUUCACCAGAUGCUGAAGUCAGAAUACACCCGUUUGGCUGGUAUCAAAAGCCUGCUGACUUGAAGAAUACCAUGCCUAAUCUGUGUCCACCUGUUAGUUUACCUUUCAGGCCAGAAAGUGAGUAUUUGGAUAUAUGGCAACCCUUAAAUGUGUCCUCUGUUCUCAUGGAUUCAUCCAUCUCAAAUUUUGAAGUUGUGCAAAUUAGUAGAGAUAUAUCCAGUGACUUCUCCACUGCCAGAGACUUUUGUCUAUCCGCUUGUUCAAAGAACCAGUCAUGUACAGUGGUUACACUGGAAAUCCAGCCUUCGGUAAUAAGAUGCCUUUUCUACCCUGAUACACAGAUGUGCACGCAUGGCCUGCAAGGGCACAGCUGCCGGGUUUUACUGAAAGAGCCAGCUACAUAUAUCUAUAGGAGACAAGAUUUAUUCCUGCCCAUUUCUGAAUCGGAUUUAACCCCAUCUGCGUACAUUCCAUCCCAUGGAGAUCUGCUGGGCAAAUCCCAGGUGAUCCGCAUUGGCUCGGAAUGGAAAAAUAUCAGCCAGUUCCUGGGGAUCCCGUACGCUGCACCUCCUCUUGCAGAGAGGCGUUUCAGUCCUCCAGAGCCGUUUGCUUGGGUGGAAACCUGGGAUGCUACUGUGGCUCGGGCAGCUUGUUGGCAGCCAGGAGAUGGAGAGGCCCCGUCAUACUCUGUCAGUGAAGACUGCCUAUACCUGAAUGUCUUUGUUCCUGCCACCACUGUCAAAAACAUGUCAGUGUUGCUGUUCUUCCACAACGGAGGGAGUUACAAUGCUGAGACAGGAAAGACAACCAUUGAUGGAUCAUACUUAGCUGCCAUCAGUAACAUCAUUGUCGUGACGGCAAACUACCGAGUCGGUGUUUUUGGCUUCCUUAGUACUGGUUCUCCUGAGGUGAGUGGAAAUGCUGGCCUUUUGGAUCAAUUAACAGCUUUGAAGUGGGUGCAGCAGAACAUCGCUAGCUUUGGAGGAGAUCCAAGGCAGGUUUCUUUAGGAGCCGACCGUGGUGGGGCAGACGUUACCAGCAUUCACCUGCUCACAGAGACAGUGAAUAUGGACCUCUUCAGGAGGGUUUUGUUGAUGGGAGGUUCAGCUUUUUCUCCAGCAUCCAUUAUUACUAAGAGGAGAGCGCAGACCCAAGCAGCAGUCCUGGCUGAAGAAGUGGGAUGCCCUUCAUCCACUAGUGAGGAAAUCGUAGCCUGCCUCCGCCAGUUGCCUGCUCGUGUCCUCAAUGAUGCACAGACUAAGCUCCUAGCUAUAAGCGGCCCAUUCCAGUACUGGGGUCCAGUGAUGGAUGGAAUUUACCUUUGGGAACCUUUAGCUAAAGCCCUGCAGCGCCCUCAACUUCGGAAAGUAGAUCUGCUCAUUGGAAGUGCUCAGCAAGAUGGGUUGAUCAGCAGAGCUAAGGCAAUUAAGAAAUUUGAAGAAAGUCAAGGAAGAGCCAACAGCAAAACAGCCUUUUAUCAGGCUCUGCAAAAUUCUCUAGGAGGAGAAGACUCCAACUCAUUGAUUGAAGAUGCAGCUACGUGGUAUUACUCCCUCGAACACUCAACCGAUGAUUAUUCAUCCUUUUCCAGGGCUUUGGAAAAUGCCACCCGUGACCAGUUUAUCACAUGUCCCAUCAUAAACAUGGCCAGUCACUGGGCUGCUGCCUCCAGAGGAAAUGUCUUCAUGUACCAUGUACCCGAGAGCUCCUCACAGAGCAGUUCAGGUCAGGAGCUCUUGCUGGAUGUUCAGUAUGCAUUUGGACUGCCAUUCUACCCAAACUAUGAAGAACAAUUUACUGUGGAAGAAAAGAGCCUUUCCUUGCAAAUUAUGCAGUAUAUCUCCAAUUUUGUAAACUCUGGAAAUCCAAACUACCCUCAUAGUUUCUCGAGAAGAAUGUCAGGGGUGAUGCCCCACUGGCCUAUGUAUCUGUCAAACGAUGACAGCGAUAACUACAAGGAGUUCACUGUUUCCUUGCUGACUCGUAAAGGAUUGAAAAAAGCAGACUGUUCUUUUUGGUCUGAUUAUAUCAGAAGACUGAAAGCAUCCACAGGAAGUGCAAGUAAUGGAGAACCAUCUGCAGAAAACAGCCCUAGUGAAGCUCCCAGUGAAGGACUUACCACCCAGGAGAGCCAGCCACUGGGAGACAAGGUGGCUUACAGCAGAUAGAAAAUCACAGUGCUAUUGGAUGGGUUUGUCACACAAUUGUACAUCCAUGCAACCUUGUCACACCAGGUGAACAAGUUGCUUCCUUUAGUUAACUUUCUGAACAAGCACAGUAGACCUUUCAAGAAAGUAGUUUUUCAAGGAAAUUGUUGAAUAUGGCACAAAAUAAGCCCUACAGCUAUUAUUUUAGGUCAAAAGAAACUGUAAUUUGAAAAAUGAAGUAUCAAUAAAAACUGCAAAAACAGA